AACCUGUUUUACCCGUUGACCGUUUUCAGGCAGUCUGGGUCAGUUGAAACGACCCGAGAAGUGUCUCGACGUUGAGCCAGUCUAAAUCCGGCUAGAAGUCGAGACAGCUUUUCAGGGCAGGGCCCGUCGCCGAAUAAUUCCCAUAUUUUCCAAUACCCGUGCUAUGCCAUGGCGAGCGAUCCGCUCGCGGGCGAACCCGGAGGUCUGGCGGUGGAGGUGGGGCCCGUGUGGACUCAGGUGGUCGCAGCCGGAUGGCUCGGCCUCGUCUUCGUCGUCUCCACCCUGGCGAAUCUCCUCCUCCUCGUCGUCUUCUACAGGCGACCCUCCCUGCGAUCGCUGUCUAACAGUCGCGUCAUCCUUGAACCUCGACGAGGGUGUGACUAUUCUCGGCACACCGCGAAGGGACCGAGAAGGUUCCCCCGAAUCCGUCCUUUGCCCUUGCCCAUUCCAAAGAAGCCUACGCCCGAAUCCGAGUCCGCACCCGAGUCCCCUCGGUGGAAGCUCCCUCGGGUUCGCGGGGAGGAGUAUUUGGGGAAGGACGAAGAUCAAUUCCUGGGCAUGGGGGGAGGGGAGAAGAGGGGGAGGGGAUGGGGAAGGGGAGAAAGAAGUGUGUCAGGUGGCUGA